AUGACACAGCAGCUACAGUAUACCAACGACCUGGUUCCCGUCAUGGAGAAGGGCACUGAGAUGGCCAGCAAAACCCGCCCGGCCAACAAAUCCUGA